AACCAAUCAUGGCUUUCAAACAUAUCGCCUUCUGCAUUCUCUUCCUCUUUGCUUCAGGAUUUCUUGUGGGUGCAUCAGAAACUAAAUCCCAAGAGACGAUAAUCGGAAUCGACCUAGGUACAACGUAUUCAUGCGUGGGAGUAUACCGACAAGGCAAACUCGAGAUCAUAGCCAACGACCAAGGUAACCGAAUCACACCUUCGUGGGUAGCUUUCACCGACACCGAGCGUCUCAUCGGAGAAGCAGCCAAGAAUCAAGCUUCCCUUAAUCCAGAACGCACCAUCUUCGACGUCAAAAGGCUCAUCGGACGCAAGUUUGAUGACGUGGAGGUGCAGAGAGAUAUGAAGAUGCUGCCGUAUAAAGUGGUAGAUAAAGAUGGAAAGGCUUAUAUAGAAGUGAAGAUAAACAAAGAAGGUGAAAUUAGGGUUUUUUCACCUGAGGAAAUUAGUGCUAUGAUUCUUACAAAGAUGAAACAAACUGCCGAGGCUUACUUGGGCAACAAAGUUAACCGUGCUGUUAUAACUGUUCCAGCUUAUUUCAACGACGCACAGAGACAAGCAACAAAGGACGCCGGCACAAUCGCCGGCCUCCAGGUGGAGCGCAUAAUCAAUGAGCCGACCACCGCCGCCAUCGCCUACGGCCUCGACAAGUCCGGCGACGAGCGUAACGUCCUCGUCUUCGACCUCGGCGGCGGCACAUUCGACGUCAGCAUCCUCACCAUCGACAACGGCGUCUUCGAGGUCCUCUCCACCAGCGGCGACACCCACCUCGGCGGCGAGGAUUUCGACCACCGCCUCAUGAACCACUUCGUCAAGUUGAUCGAGAAAAAGUACAAAACCGACAUCUCCGGCGACAAAAAAGCCCUAGGCAAGCUCCGCCGGGAGUGCGAGCGGGCGAAGAGGGCCCUCAGCAACCAGCACCAAGUCCGCCUCGAGAUCGAGUCGCUGGUCAACGGCGUUGACUUCUCGGAGGCGUUGACUAGGGCUAGGUUCGAGGAUUUGAAUCUGGAUCUUUUUAAGAAGACGAUGGUGCCCGUGAAGAGGGCUUUGGAAGACUCGGGUUUGUCGAAGAGCGAGAUUCACGAAAUCGUGCUUGUCGGUGGGAGCACGAGGAUUCCGAAAGUUCAGGAGCUUUUGAAGGAGUUUUUCGACGGGAAAGAGCCGAGCCGGGGGGUGAAUCCCGAUGAGGCGGUCGCGCAUGGCGCCGCCGUUCAAGGCGGUUUGCUCAGCGGCGAGGGCGGAGAAGAGACGAAAAAUGUUCUUUUGAUUGAUAGGACUCCAUUGAGUCUUGGGAUAGAGACAGUUGGUGGAGUGAUGACAAAAUUGAUACCAAGAAACACAGUCAUACCUGCUAAGAAAUCCCAGGUUUUCACCACUUAUCAAGACAAACAAACUACUGUCUCAAUCAAGGUUUACGAAGGAGAAAGGGCGAUGACAAAAGAUUGCCAUGAACUCGGUAGCUUCGAAAUGUCCGGCAUUGCCCCUGCUCCAAGAGGAGUGCCACAAAUAGAAGUGACAUUCGAGGUAGAUGUAGACGGAAUACUCCACGUAAAAGCCGAAGACAAAGCGGCCAAAAAAUUCGAAUCAAUCACAAUCAAAGACGUGAAGGGGCGAUUAACCGAAGAAGAGAUUGAAGAAAAGAUUAGAGAAGCGGAGGAGUUUGCGGGGGAGGACAAAAGAGUUAGAGAGAGAAUCGAGGCUCGAAACAAACUCGAGAACUAUAUCUUCAACAUGAAGAGCACGAUAAACGACAAGUUGGCCGAUAAAAUCGAGGGUGGUGAUAAAGAAGAAAUCGAGAGGGCUUUGAACGAAGCUUCGGAAUGGAUGGACGAAAAUCAAAGCGCGGAAAAGGAGGAUUUGGAUGAGAAGAUGAAAGAGUUGGAAAGCGUGUGUAAUCCUGUUAUCGAGAAGGCUUAUAAGAAUACGAGUGGAGGUGAUUUUGAAGACGAAGACGAGAUGAAUGAUGAAUUGUAGAUGAUGGGGUUUGUUUUUUUUUU